AUGAGAUAUUUUAUCGCCUCUAACUUUGUCCGGUCUGCCCUACUGUACAGAAAUAGCCGCGCAUUCCUGUCGCCCUCGUCAACUGCUCGAAUCACUCCCGCGCCAUCUGCCUGCAACCCUCAAUAUCUUCCUCCAUACACCUUUUGCAAGCAGACCGCCGUGCGACCUCUGUCCACCAUGACGACCGUCGAAGAAGCCAAGCGCAAUGCUGCCAAAGUUGCUGUCGCAAACCACUACCCCAAGGACGCUAAAUGGGUGGGCAUCGGUAGCGGCACUACCAUCGUCUACGUUGUCGAGGCGAUCAAGGAACUCGGCGUCGACACUACGCUGACAAGAUUCGUGCCUACGGGCCACCAGUCCAAACAGCUUAUCACGUCAGCAGGGCUGACGGCGGUAGAAUUCGAUGCGAUACCCGAAGGGACAGUGCUCGAUGUUGCGUUCGAUGGCGCAGAUGAGGUGGAUGACGAGCUGAACUGCAUCAAGGGUGGAGGGGCUUGCUUGUUCCAGGAAAAGAUCGUCGCUCUGCAAGCGAAGGAGUUCAUCUGUGUCGCCGAUUCACGAAAGCUCCAGUCCCGCCUCCUGACGUCGUGGAAAUACAUCCCCAUUGAGGUGGCCCCCAUCGCCGUGUAUCGCGUCCAGAGGAAACUGAAAGAGCUGGGUAGCAUCAACCCAGCCAUCCGACUCAAUGCCGCGACCAAGGAAGGCCCGCUUAGGACAGACCAGGGUUUCUUCAUCAUCGACGCACCUUUCCCUCCGCUCCUGACCCAGUCGGACGUGAAAGCCGGCAAGGACGGCAGCGGCAAAGCAGGCAUCUGGGAAGUCGAGACCCUUUCCAAGGCGAUCAAGCAGAUCCCUGGUGUCCUGGAAGUGGGCAUCUUCUCCGGCCUGACGGGUCCCCAGGCCCAGGCCGCCGGAGCCAUCGGUGGCCAGAAACCUGUCGCGGCGUACUUCGGUAUGCCUGACGGUUCUGUGACGGUGAGAAAAGCCGCCGUCGCUUAA